AUGGGUUCACGGAAGCGCUCCUAUCUUGUCGAUCACUUUGAUGAAGGAAUUGUGCUAGAGUACAUUAUCCUGUACUCACAAGCAAGCAGUCUCGCCGAAAAAGCACCAAUCACUAGUAAGAAAGAUAUGAAGGGCUUACUGGACAGCCAAUGA